ACACCAAUGAUGAGAUGAGACGCAAACAUAGCUUAGAAUCUUCGUACAGUGCCAACAAAGACAGACAUAAUAAGCAAGGAGCUUUAGUAUCAGCUGGUUUCAAAGUCUCGACUACAAUAAGGCCUGAUGAAGCAGCUAUGAAAGACGAUCGGGAUGAUAUGUCUUCAGUCAACAAGGGAGACCUAGAGGCUGAAUUAUCACGUUUCGAUACAUUGAGGAAAUCUUAUAGUCAAGAAGAUUUAUCUGAAUGGACAGACGCUGAAAGAAGAUUAGGGGAACUGACUCUGUCAGAAGCUAGAUCUGUUGGUGGAACUCUACCAGCCAGCACCGGGAGAGCAGCUUCAUCAACACGACUAACACACCAGGAGGCUAACACGAUGGCUGAGCGGGACCUUGGCUCCACCUUCCUUCUGCCGCACGUUCACCUCUACAAACCAGACCUUACAAGUGACGUGUCGGAGUUCGAUUCCCUGUGACGACAAUCAAGAUCAAGUCAUACAUUGAA